AUGGCUAACCGAAGUAGAGAACCAGAAGCUCUUACUAGAUGUGGUUGCAAUGCACGUUUUGAGAUUAAACUUGACAAGAAGAAAGGUGAUUGGUUUGUUGUGAAUUAUGUAGCAAGGCAUAAUCAUCCGUUGGCUAAAUCAGAUGAAGUAGCUUUCUUACGGUCACAUCGCACAAUUAGCAAUGCUCAAAAGGCUAAUAUUUUGGAAUUGAAAGAAGUGGGUUUGCGUCAGCAUCAAGUUAUGGAUGUCAUGGAGAGGCAUCAUGGUGGUUUUGAUGCUACAGAUUUUGUUAGUAGGGACCUGUACAAUUAUUUUACUAGGCUAAGGAAGAAACAUAUUUUAGGUGGUGAUGUAGAGCGUGUUAUAAAGUAUUUUCAAUCAAGGCAAAAAGAUGACAUGGAGUUCUUUUUUGAGUAUGAGACGGAUGAAGCUGGUCGUUUGAAACGGUUAUUUUGGUCGGACCCUCAAUCCCGUAUCAAUUAUGAUGCAUUUGGGGAUCUGAUGAGAAGGUUGCAACUUAUGAAUGGAUUUAAGCAGUUUCUAGAUUGCAUGUAUCAGAAGCAUCCUGGUGGAUUGAUCACAGAUGGGGACAAUGCCAUGCGUAGAGCAAUAGCAGCUGUGAUGCCGGAUUCUGAGCAUCGGUUGUGCACUUGGCACAUUGAGCAGAACAUGGCAAGACAUCUUCGUCCUGAUAUGCUUUUAGAUUUUCGAGCACUUCUCCACGCACCAUAUAAUCAUGAAGAAUUUGACAGAAAGUGGGUCGAGUUUAAGGUGAAGCAUAAAGGUUGUGAAGAUAACCAAUGGCUUGUGAGGAUGUACAAUUUGAGAAAGAAAUGGGUUACUGUGUACACUAAAGUUUUCAAGAAGUUGAAGUUGGUUGUUGUUAAGUCGAUGGAUUGGGAGGUGAUAGAUUGUAUAGAAGAGGACAACUUGGUUAAGUAUGUUAUUUCCAUGAAAGGUGAUUCUAAGAUGGAGCUCCAACAAAAAGAUUACGAGGAUUCAUGGAGAAGCGCGCUAGGCGUUGUGGUUAUUGUCGUGGUCAUGGGCACACUGUUCGAACCUGUCCAAUUUUCCAAAGUAGAAGAAGAUGUAUGA